AUGAAAGGCAUUCACUCUCUGGCCGGGCUGCUGCUCUUGAUUAUCGUUCAAAGCAGCUGGCAAAUACCCCUGCAGGAGACAGAAGAAAACUCCAGGUAACGCCUCUUAAUGACAGAGGACGCUAUGUUCGAUGAACCCAAGGAACUUACAAACGUGAAGAGGCAUUCACAAGGAACAUUCACCAACGACUACAGCAAGUAUCUGGAGACACGGCGAGCCCAGGACUUUGUUCAGUGGUUGAUGAACUCCAAGAGGAGCGGCUCUCCCACACGGCGCCACGCGGAGGGCACCUACACCAGCGACGUCAGCUCCUACCUGCAGGACCAGGCCGCCAAGGAGUUCGUCUCCUGGCUGAAGACCGGGCGGGGCAGAAGAGAUUUUGCAGAGGAAGGCAGUGAUGCUGGCCCUCAGCGUAGAAGACACGUAGAUGGAAGCUUCACCAGUGAUGUAAACAAGGUUCUAGACAGCAUUGCUGCUAAGGAGUAUAUACUGUGGGUCAUGAACUCUAAGCCCUCAGAAACAAGGUAA